AUGUCGUUCACCAACAGCAACAACACCAGCCCCACGGAGCGGGAACACGCGACACGCUCCAGGUCCGAUGCCCAAGACCAAGAUUGGGUGGCCGAGCCCGAGGAUGGAGGCAGUGAUGAACCACUGCCUCCAGCUUACACACCCCCAGCAACUCGAGCACAGGAUGCUCUUGCUGCACAAGCCGGUCCUUCGGACCCCGAUUCCUGGGCUCCUGGUCCCCCGAAUCCUAACAUGAACCCCAUCCCAUGCAAGCCUUGCUUUAGGCGCAUGGAAACCCAGCCUGAUCACGUCUGCAUCGGGCGUCCUGGGUAUCGGGCAUGUGAGUUCUGCAACGUCAAACACAAGGGCUGCAGAGCGAUCCCAGGCAUGUUCCAUGCGCGCGUGCUAGCAGCACUUGCGCUAGAAGGCGAUGCUCGGACAGCGGCCAUCAUUGCCAUCAGACAGGACCCUCGCUUUUAG